UGCGUCGUCGCCGUGGCAACCUCCACGCAGGCGUGCGUGGGGGGCGGGGCCUGCGGCGUGUCUCGCCGCGGGAAGAGGCGGAGGCGGGCCCGGCGGUGCGCUCGGCCCGGUCGGAGGGUUGCCGCCGCCGCCGCCGCCUCGCCAUGGAGCCCACCGGCCUCAGCCGCAGCCCCCCGCCUCCGGCCUCGCCCCGCCUCAUCGUGGAGGACUCGCAGCCCCCCGGCCCGGACCCCGACCCCAGGCCGCCGCCGCUGCUGGGCCUCGCCGGAGAGGGGGGAGGGGCCGCCCUGGCUCGGGCCGGGGGGGAGGGGGCGCCUCCCCCCGCCGGGCUGCCCCUCCCCCCGCCCCCCGCAGACGCCCCCCGCGGCGGCCUGGGAGCCCCCCUCAGCCAGGCGCUGCCGCCGCUGCCGCCGCCCUCCAGCCAGAGCCUGGUGGCCGGGCCCGAGCAGGCGGGGGAGGAGGCGGCGGAGGAGGAGGGGAGGGCCGCCACGCCCCCGCUGGCGCGGCCAGAGUGGGGGGGCGCCUCCUCUCCUUCCCGGUCCUCGUCGCCGCAGCCGCCGUGGGGCGUCGGGGCUCUGCAGCUGUCCCAGAGCCAGGACUUGGAGCCGGGAGCCGAGCCGGCCGCCGGAGCCCCCCCGCAGCAGCAGCAGCAGCAGCAGCGCGGGCGCAGCCCCCCCGGCUCCCCCCUCGCAGGCGGGCCUGGGAGGGAUUGCCUUGCAAGGUCCCAGGCUGUGCCCAGCAGCGGCACCCCCCCCAGAACUCUACAGCUUCAUAAAGAAGUUCCCAGGAGCCCAACCUCUCCUCCUGGCCAGCCUGAAAGAAGGCCGCAGGUGAAGGAUCCCUCUAGUUGGGGUUCACAGAAUGCUGAGCUUUUCUCUACCCAGGAAGAUAUGUUUGGCCAGAGCAAUACAACAGCUCCAGGUGGUGGCUGUGCCAUGUCCCGGGUGGAAGAGGCAGGUUCUCCAGCACGCACUCCUGCGGACUCCCUGCACGUCCUUCACCUCUCUGGCCAGGGACCUCUUUCCACCUGUGCUUCCGGCCUUCUGGCACUGUCUCCGGGCGCUUUGCAGCCGGUGCCUCUCCUCGUCCCAAGAAGCCCAACAGAACAGGGAGCAGAAGCAGCAGCAAAGCAGGAAGAGGCAUCCAUGGAGCUGAGCACUACAGGGCUCCCGCAGGCAUCCACGCCUGUUUCUCACAGUGCACCAGGUUUUGCCCCAGGAUUCGUCUCUGUCCCAUCCCAGCCAGAGUUCUCCCAUGACACCUUCCUCCCAACUCCGAGCUUGGAAGAGGGGCCCGAAGCGCAAGCAGAGGAGGGGGAUGGCGCCAGCGCCUGCUUGCCAGCAGACGGCUCUGACGACCCAGAGGCCCGCUUGCCGGUGCACUCCGGAGGGGGCUGUGCGUUGGUGCUGUCCGCUAGCGAAGGCAGCCCGUCCAUGGAGGUGGCAGGCAGGAUGGUGCACACCCAGGAACCGGCCACAGCAGCUGGGGGUGCUCCGGGGGGGCGGCCCUGCUUGGCCAAAAGCGGCAGCCUGCAGCAGAGGCCUGACGAGGACCCCCCAGCCCCACUGGCACAGGCUCCCGGAAGCGCCCCCGCUGGAGAUGCCCUGGGCAGUCCACCUUGUUCCGGGGGCCUCUUGGACAGCGGCUCUCUGGGACUCGAGUGCGAAGGUGUCCCAGCAACGCCUCGUGAGGAGGAGGAGCAGCAGCAGCAGCAGCCGCCGCCGCCAGAGGAGAGCCCCUCUUCCCUCCGCUUGAUGCUCUCUCAGGACCGGUCCCUUGUCCUGGAAGGCCAGGCAGGGCCAGCAGCGGAAUCCCCGGCAGCCAGGGAGGACUCUGGCGCUCUGGCCCAAGCAGCGGGCAAGCCGGCAGCAGCAGCGGUGGCUCCAGACAGCUGUGCAGGAGGCCCCUCGGAAGACUCCAGUGAGGUUCUGGCCGCCCAGAGGGCUGGUCUGGAGGUGGAGCUGCAGCCCCAGCCUUGCCUGGAGGGCAGUGGGGCCCAGGGGAAGGCCGGCCUUGCUCCUGGGAUGCUGCUGCUGCCCGCCUCUGCAGGCCCGUGUCGCCAGCCGAGUAGCGCUGUGCCAGGGGAGAGCUCGCCCUUGCCUCCGGGAGGGGCGGGAGGCGUGCCCAGGCCCAAGCGGGACAGAAGGCCGGAGGGCCCGGCAGCUGCCCUUCCGGGGCCAAGUGGUGGGGAGCCUGCCACCCUCCCAGUGAGCCCGCCAGCUGCAGGCAGAGAAGCAGCCCUGCUGGGGAACCAAACCCUGCCUGAGGAGAGAGACGGCGUGGGGGUGCCGGCUCAGAAGCCCUGCCCCAUGAACUCCGAGGGCCCGCAGAAGCCUCGUGGGCUGGAGCAAGAGAAGCCGCCAAGGGCCCCGCCUGCCCCGCCUGCCGGCCUGCCCCAUGAAACUCCCCUCCAUGUCCCUUUGCUGAAGGAGGGGGGUGUCCUGGCCCAGCCCCUGGCCAGCCUCACCCCGCCACCUCUGCUUGGCCAGCUUAAGAAGGGCCCCCGGCGACACAGCACUCCGAUUGUGGAUGGAAACUGCCUGGAGAGCCCCCUGACGGCCAGCGACAUCACCGCCGAGGGGGCCCACGAGGACGACGACGACGACGUCACGGUGGAGAGCCCGGGGGAGAGGGAGGAGAGCGGCCGGCGGGGGCCGGCGGGGGCCGGGGCGCUCUCUCUGCGCAUGGACCUGGUGACCCCUGCGACUGAGGAGAGCGACGGCUCGCUGCCCUUCAGCUUGGAGAAGCCCGCAGCUGGUGACAGGAAGACGGGGUCGGUGGCAGGAGCUCUUGCCAGCUCUCCGAAGAGGCCCUCCGUGUUCACCCGAGUCCGCCAAGUCCAGCAGGAAGAAAAGGCGGCAGCAGGCUCCAGGCGGCCUCGCCCGCCAUUCCGGGGGGACCUGUUCAAUUUCCCAAGUCCUCAGGAGGAGGAGGAGGCGGCCGCUGCUGCGCCUGGAGCCUGGCAGCCCCCGCGGAGACCGGCAGCCCUGGGACAGGGGCAGGACCCUGGGCUGGAUGCCGAGCAGGCAGGCGAAGCGAUGGAGGUGGCGGCUGCUGCUGCUGCUGCUGCUGUUGUGGGGGCUCGGGAGGAGCCCGAAGCAGCUCUGGCUGCAGAAGGGGAGGAUCGGGGCCCCAGGCCCCCGGGGGCUGGCACCAGCAGCAAAGGGAUCCAGACUGCGGCAGAGGUCCGUCAGGGCCCGGCAGGCUUCGUGUCGGCUGCCACGCAGACGGCCUCCUGCAGUCGUGCCGAAAGAGGGACCAGCAUGGCUGGCUCGUGUCCUGGGCGGCAGGAUGCUCAAGUGCAGACAGAGGACGGCCGUGGGGGGAGGCCUGCCCCUGCUGCUGGGGGGCAGCCAGAGCCCCCCACCCCCCGUGACCAGAGAGAGGAGGAGUCGGAGUCCGACCUGCCUCACCCGCUCCCAGGCAGAGUCCUGCAGCGCCAUGUCCGGACGAUCCGGGAAGUGCGCACGCUCAUCACGCGGCACAUCACAGAUGUCUACUAUAAGGACGGGGUGGAAGUGGAGCGUCAGGUGGUUGAGGAGACCGAAGAGCCCCUCGUGGAGUGCCAGGAGUGUGAGGUGGACGUCUCGCCCUCCCGCACGGGGGGCUCUUCACUCACCUCGGGAGACCUGGGAGACAUCGGCUCCUUCUCCUCCAAGGCCUCGGGCCUCCAGCGCACCUCCAGUGGUGGGAGCAGUGCCUUCUCGGCCCCGCAGAGUGGUGGGAGCUCCGGGCGUGGAGCUGCGUCCCUGAAAGGGGGAGCCUGCAGUGACCUGGAGCCGGGGGUCAGGCAGCGGAGCCCUGCCAAGGGGGGUGGCCAGGCCCGCCCUCCGGUCCAGCCUGAGCAUGUAGCAGCCGCAGGGUGUGAGGAGGAAGAGCCCGGCCUCAGCGACCAGCUGGGCAGCAGGAGAGCGCCUUCUGUUCCCCGCGGGCGAGGGAGAAGGGGCCGCCCCACCUCGCGGCCGCCUGGAGCAAGGCCUGGUCUGUCCACAACAGAGGACCUUUGGGCUGAAGAAAGAAACGCGCCACACCUCCCAGGCGGCCUGCCAGAGGGCCAGGAGCAGGCGGGGCCCCCUCUGCGCCGCAGCGGCUCCCCGGAGAUCCCUCUCCAAGAGCGCUUGGGCUUCUCUGACAGCACUGGGCCCUCCAGCCCCUCUCUGGGGAGCAGCUUUGUGGGCCUCCGCGUGGUGGCCAAGUGGUCCUCCAACGGCUACUUCUACUCCGGGACCAUCACGCAGGACGUGGGGGCUGCCAAGUACAAGCUGCUCUUUGACGACGGCUACGAGUGUGACGUGCCUGGCCGGGACAUCCUCUUGUGCGACCCCCUCCCGCUGGAGACGGAGGUGACGGCCCUCUCGGAGGACGAGUACUUCAGCGCAGGCGUGGUGAAGGGCCAUCGGCAGGAGUCCGGGGAGCUCUUCUACUGCAUUGAGAAGGACGGGCAGAGGAAGUGGUACCGGCGGACGGCCGUCAUCUUGUCUCUGGAGCAAGGAAACCGGCUCCGGGAGCAGUUUGGGCUGGGCCCCUGUGAACCCAUCACGCCCCUGGCCAAGGCGGCUGACAUCAGCCUAGACAACCUGGUCGAGGGCAAGCGGAGGAGACGUGGCCACCUGGGCUCCCCCAGCACCUCCAGCAGCGGGACGCCCCCCCGCAAGGGCCCGGAGAGUCCCCAGACGCCACACCGGCUGCCGGCUGGCAAGAGGAAGCUGCUGGCCUCUGAAGAGGAGAGAUCGCCAGCCAAGCGAGGGAGGCGGUCAGCCUCCUGCCUGAAACCAGCUGGGACUGCGUGUGCCAGGGAGGCGGUGAGCCCGUCCAGCAGUGGCGGGGACUUGGGAGACGCCUGCGUCCCUGAUGAGCGGUGGGGUCCUCUGCCCCACAACAAGACCCUCUUUCUGGGCUACGCUUUUCUUCUCACAAUGGCAACCUCCUCGGAUAAACUUCCCCGUCAUCAAAAGUCUGCCCUGAGCAGCGAGGAAGAGGAAGAACCCGUGGCAACCACCCCUUACAACAAGCACUAUGUGGAGCUCCAGCUGGAAGCUGGAGGCGGCUUCAUCCUGGAGGACUUCAAUGAAAGCCAGUGCAGCGCUGCCUAUAAGUGCCUCCUGAUAGCAGACCAGCACUGCUGCAACCGGAAGUACUUCCUGUGCCUUGCGCGAGGAAUCCCCUGUGUGUCUCACGUCUGGGUCCAUGACAGCUGCCAUGCCAACCAGCUCCAGAACUACCGGAAUUACUUGCUGCCGGCUGGGUAUAGCUUGCAGGAGCAGAGACUGCUGGACUGGCAUCCCCGAGAGAACCCGUUCCACCAACUGAAAGUGCUUCUGGUGUCCGAUGAGCAGCAGGCCUUCUUGGAACUCUGGUCUGAGAUUCUCAUGACGGGGGGAGCCGCUUCGGUUAAGCAGCACAAGUCAGCCGCUUGGAGCAAAGAUGUUGGUUUGGGUCUGUUUGAUGUGGUGGUGACGGACUCUUCCUGCCCAGCUGCCAUCUUGAAAUGUGCAGAAGCAUUACAGCUGCCCGUGGUCACCGAGGAAUGGGUCGUCCAAAGCCUCAUUGCUGGAGAGAGAGUUGGAUUCAAGCACCCGCAGUAUCGACCUGCCUCUGUCUCCUGCUGAGGCUGCCUUUAGACCGCCACUUUAGAUGUCUGUCUCUUGACUGUGCAUGAAGUGCUGUAUAUAGUUUUAACUGCUGGACUUUUAUGAUGAAAUAAAUGUUGAUUUUUUUGUUGUGGUA